UUUUAUCGGAAAAGAUUUAUUGUGGAGUAAUAUUAAAAAAACUGAGGAAACUAAUGGAUUAAGGGGAAUUGAAACUACUUUGAUCGCUCGCGAUCUUUCAGGAAGUAAUGUUUUUAAUGCUACAAUUUCUGCUUAUGCUACUAG